AUGGCAUUGACGGACGAGAUGAAGGUUGAGAUCGGUCGUAUCCUUGACUCCGAGGAAGGUGUGAAUGUUCGCAUCCAGAAGUUGUUCAAGCUGUUCCUGGACAGCGGCUUGGCCCGGCACGAGACAGUGCCGCCGAGUGCCGUGCUGGUCCACCCCAGUAACAGGGGAGGGUCUAUGAUCAACGGCCACGAUGUGGUCGCGAAGGGGGAGCUGCUGACCAAGCAGGGUGUGAGAUUGGACCUGUUGGAAGCCAGCAGUGUCGCCUUUACUUUGUCCAAACACCCAGACAAGCGAAAUGCCCAGGUGGCUGCCAAUCAGGCUCUUGCGAGCAGCAACCCAGACCUGCUUGCUCCGCCAAGUGGCGGAGAAAGGUAUCUUUCUGUAGGCUCCAGUCACUCUACAGCCUACAUGCGAGCACUGCUCGCAGGCAUCAUCCCCGAGAGCACAGUCACGAAGCAGGAGGGGCCAGCGAAGACCUGCCUCCACACAGGGUGGAGAUGGCUGAUCCUAGAGGAUCUCCUGGAGGAGGAGUUCCCCAGCUUGCCAAUGAUGAUAGCCUCGGGUUUGAAUUCCUCCAACCAGGUGCUUGUCAACCAAAGCGAGGUCGAAGUGCUCAUGACCAUGGGUCGCUAUGUUUCCUUGCAUGGCAUGACGGUGCAGCAGGCAAAGAUGAGAUGCCUCGAGACCGAGCCUGCAUGCAAGGAUUAUAUCGAUGUUUUGGCUCACUUCGCAGCCCGCUACGGUGGAGGCAUUGGAUUUCCUCUCCUUGAGUUUCUGGGUCAUUUCUCAAAGGUGCAUGGCGCCAGCUUGGUCCUUGGAUCCGAAUUUAUCCGAGCCGUCACAAAUUUUGAUUUCAAAGUCGAAGGGAACUUGCUUCCCUGUCUGCGGAUCGCACUUCUUGCGGCUCAAAUCAGCAGCCCUGUGUCUGCUGAUAAGGUUGCCAAGCUCUUGAGCAAAACGGAUGUCGAAAAACUCCGGGCUCUCAAAGACAAGGGUCCGCUGGUGGAGGCGGAAACUCUCCUCAAGGGCUGUUGGGAGACGGUGCAAGCCGCGACGAAUGUUCAAGAAAAGCGAAAGAUGCAAGCCUAUGGCCGAUGCUCGGUCAGGGUGGCACUGUUUCUGUGCCAGAAGGAAAAACAAGGACGGGAGGGAACGGAACACGAGUCCCUGACCACCAUUUCCCAAGCUUUCGGCAUGGAACUCUUGGGCAUGACUGCACCCCCGGCCUCAUCAUCCACAGAUUCGACUGCCGUGGAAAACUUGUUGGAUGCAAGCCGCACAGAUGUGAUUCUCAAGCAACACAAGCACCUCGAAGUCGGAGGAAGUUAUGUCCACAAGAACCACGGCUCCCAAAUCUUCACCAUGCUAGGUGUGCAGAAUGGCCAAGUCCAGUUUCAGCAUGUUCCCUUGGUGGGGGCCCCCGUGAUCGUGGAGGUGCCUGCCUCUGCUGAGUUGGCGAAUUGGAAGAGGACGAAGAAAGUCCAAGCGACAGUGCUCGAUGCUGAGAUAGCCAAGCAGUACUUUGUGUCGGCUAGCACAAUUCAAGCUGAGGCAUUUGAGCUGGGGCAGGCUCAGCUAGAGUUGUAUCGAGAGUUUAGCGGCAAGCACGAUGGCAAAGAUCCUAGCAAAGUGAAGGACGGAUGUUGGGUUGGCAAGUACUUGCUGCAGCCCUCCAGACCAGUGUCGGACUUCGAGAAAUUGGACGAGAAGACAUUGCUCGUGCCAUAUUGGUAUGUGCGGACGACGAACGAGCUUGCUCAGGUCAAUAUGACCAAAGUUCAGCAGCAGCUCGGUACCUUGACGGUGCCGAGCUUCCUGAAUAAACGGGAUCUCGCAGUAGGGGAGCUGUUGUACACCGCUAGUGACUCAUUGAUCCAGAAGGAGCAAGCACCGGUGUCUGUUAAGUUGUGGCAUCCUUGUUGCUUGUACUCGCCGGUAGCCACCGUGAUGGAAUCCAUGGACGUUGAAGUGGCAUCUGUUUUGCAGAUCAAAACAAAGAACCAUCUGCAGGGCCUGGUGGUACCUUCAGAUUUGCUGAUUGAGCAUGAAGAGAAGAAGUAUUUGAAGUUGAAUGGUAGUCAUUGGUGGUUGUGCAAGCUGCUUUGCCCAGAAGUUUACAAAACACAGAAGAAUGUCAGCCUCGCCAACACAAGUGCCAUGAAAGAGGUGUGUCAGGCUGUUCUUGCAGGCUUCCUGAAAAAGGAAGAGGGGGAUGAAGGUGAAGAACUUUUCGACAAGAAGCCGGACGACAAGAAAAGCCUGAAAAGGAAACGUGAUAGCUCGGGCCCCCGAGUUAAGAGCAUCACGUUGCCGAACGAGGUGGUUGCAGAGUUUUACCUCGAGAACCACCAGAGUUCGUGCCCGGCAGUGUCGGCGGAGCCGGAGUCUCUCGAAGCAGUGCUCGGCUACUUGAAGGCUGGCUGUGAGGAUUGCGCCAAUGCCGCGACCAGAGCCUACCAGAAGACCGGCAAGUACCGCAAGAAGUGA